CCAGGGUGUGUGCGCGUAAGCACGCGUGUGUAUGCACGCCUGUGCGCGCGCGCGUACACGCACCUGGCUUAGCCGCGGGGAAGCCCCGUCCCUCCGAGGACGCCCCGCCCGCCCGGGGCGGAGCCGGCAGCGCCGAGGGGAGGGGCGCGCCCCGCGCCGGGUGCCGCCGCCCGGCCUGCGGCCCCCGCGGGGCUCCGGUUUCCGCCCCCGCUACCUUAGGUUCCCCCUGGGUGGCCGCGGACGAGUGGCGAUCCCUCCCGGGGCUUCCGGGAGUCCCGGACUUCUCGCGCAGUCCCCGCAGGGAGGAGUGGAGGCUCCCGGGUGCCGAGCCAUUGCCGUGUCCCCCACGGGCCGCACCCCGCACCCCGGGGCGGUGACCCGGCAGCUCGGCCCCGGCGGCGCCCACUCGCCUGGGUGGGCGCGGGCGCCGCUCCCCAGCUCCCGAGACCCCGCCCGCGGCCCCCAGCUCCCGGCGGGGGCGGCUGCCGGGGCGCGGGGCCGGGCGUGCAGGCGCAGUUCCCCGGUGGCGGACCGCGGCCCCCGCAGGCCGGGCGCCCCCUCUGCCCGCCGCUCGCUGGGCCCGGUGGCCGCCACACCCCGCGCGGCCGCGCGAACCCCGAGAAGCGCAGACCGCUGGCCGGGCUCUCCUCUUCCAGCCUUGACGACGGAAGUGUCACUUCGUGCGCCGCCAGAGAAACGGAACCGCGGCUGGUUCGCCGCCAACCCUCGUGGAAACAGCACCUUCUCGCCUGACAAGAAUAUAAGCUCCAUGGAUUUAGGAACCGUGUUUGUCUUGCUCAAGUUUCUGUCCCCACAGCCUGGACCAGGGCUUGGCACCCAGGAGAAAGCCAAUCAACCUCUGUUAGCUGAGGGCACUGACCCCUAGGCCAAAUAGGUGUGUUGCUAGCUCUAAGGUGGCAGGUUGUGACAGGUGACGUGGGACUGAGCAGUCUGGAAGAAGGUGGUUGAGAUGAGCUCUCCUGGAGGGAUCUGGGAAAACCUUGAAGAGGAGGAUGGAUUUGAAUUGUGACAAGAACAGGUAGCACUUGGGAGGAAAUGGACAGAGCGCUUUUGCAGGCACGGGAAGGCGGAUGCACGAGGGCUUGGGGGAGGGAAUGGCUAGGGUUUGGGGUGGCAGGGGUAUACAGUCCCUGCUGGGAGGUGCUGGGGCAUGGGAGGUUAACUUGAAAAAGUGGGUUGUGGCCCUACUGAGGGGUCUUGUUACAGAUUGGAUUGUGCCCCUACCCACCCCCCCAAGAUUCAUAUGUCAAAGUCCUAACCCUUCUAUAACCUCCCAAUGCGACUAUUUGGAGAUAGGGCCCUUACAGAGGAACUCAAGUUUAAAGAGAGGACAUACGGGUGAACUCUACUCCAAUAUGACUGGUGUCCUUAGAGGAAGAGGGAAAGACAACAGGGAUGUAAGCACAAUGAGAAAAGAGCCAGCAAGGGAAUGGCCGCCUGCAAGGAGAGAGACCUUUGAAGAACCCAACCCUGCCCGCACCUUGAUCUGGGACUUCCAGCCCCCAGGAUGGGGAGAAAAUAAAUUUCUGUUGUUUAAGCCCUCCAUUCUGUAAUCUUUCAUUUUGGGUGCCCCUGCAAACUCAUGUAGGUCUUGAGAUCUUUA